AGCUCAUUGAGCAGGCGACCGCGGCAGCCGCGGCGCAAGCGAACGCGCAAGCCUCAGAAGCCAUUGCUCAGGCUAGAGAGGCCCUAGAGCAACAGCUGUCGCAGAAGGUGGACGAAUCAGACCUGCGCCAAGUAGCGGAUCGGCUAAACGAGAG